UUAGACUGCUUAUUAAUAUAAAUCCCCCAGAAGAAGAAGAAUCUUUGAUUGUCACUUUAAUUUGUUUGAGGAAUUCAAGACUACAAGUUUGGACUUGCUAUAAAGCAAAGUGGUCAUCAUAAACUUUACCACUUCCCCUCCUCCUAAAUCUUACAAAUUUUUCUCACUCUCCCAUAAAUCUUCCAUUCCAUCAACUUCACCCCUCUGUCACCCUCACCAUGUCCGUUUCUUCACUUUCAGAGCCCACCUUUUGCCCAUUUUCAAAAUUUUAAUUUAUUUACAUUCUGUUGCAACACUUUUCUUUUAUAUCAGUACUCAAUUUUCGAUAUCACAAUGUCAUGGCAAAACCACAACUCCGAAACGAAGAGUACAGGUCUAAGUAAGAUCAGGAAGCGGGGUUGUUCAUCGUCUUCAUCGUCGUCGUUGGUUCAAAAAUACAGAUUUAAACGUGCAAUUCUUGUGGGGAAGAGAGGUGGUUCUAGCACGCCAGUUCCGACAUGGAAGACCAGCGUCAAGUCUCCAUCUUUAGUAAUGCCAACUGCAGAGCAACAACCCAGUAGUGUUAUGCCUUCUCAGGGAGGAGAUAGAGGCAAGGAAGUCUCGGUUUCAGCGCGAAAACUUGCGGCCACUUUGUGGGAAAUCAACAAAAUCCCUUCUUCUAAAGGGAAGAAAGAGUUGGAGAAACAAGAUUUGAGAAGUAAAGAAAGAGUUUUGAGAGGUUCAGAGUCUGGUACUCUUCCUCCACACUUGUCAGAUCCAUCUUAUAGUCCAAUUUCAGAGGGAAUGGAUCAAUCCAGAGGGAAUUCUUGUCGGAGAAGAAAUUCAGUGUUUUCUCAGAAGCUUCAAGUUCCUGAUUAUGACUUUGGUGGGACAUUGGACUCUCUGAACAAUGCCAGUGUUAUGGAGAUAGAGGCUCAUUCACGAGGCAAGACUCAUGGUGGAUCUAUAACUGCAAUUAAAACCCGUUUGAAGGAUGUUUGUAAUGGCCUAAACGCAUCAAAAGAACUUUUGAAAGUUCUCAAUCGUAUUUGGGGUCUUGAAGAGCAGCAUUCAUCGAGCAUAUCUCUUAUCUCAGCUAUACGGGCUGAGCUUGAUCGAGCUCGUGUUCAAGUUGAUCAUUUGAUUAAAGAGCAGCGGUCUAAUCACAAUGAGGUUGAGUACUUAAUGAAGCAUUUCGCAGAAGAAAAGGCGGCUUGGAAAAGGAAGGAGCGAGACAGGAUUCGCCAUGCCAUAGCAUGCAUAGCAGAAGAGCUUGAGGUGGAGAAGAAGCUUAGGCGACAAACAGAGAGAUUAAACAAGAAGCUUGGAAAAGAAUUGGCAGAGACGAAAUCAUCGCUGUCAAAUGCAAUGAAAGAAUUGGAGAGUGAGAAGAGGGCAAAAGAGAUAUUGGAGCAAGUUUGUGAUGAGUUAGCUAGAGGCAUUGGAGAAGACAGAGCCGAGGUAGAAGAGCUAAAGAGAGAGUCAGUUAAAGCUAGAGAAGAGGUUGAAAAGGAGAGGGAGAUGCUUCAACUUGCCGAUGUUUUGCGUGAGGAGAGAGUCCAGAUGAAGCUCUCAGAUGCUAAGUACCAUUUUGAGGAGAAAAAUGCAGCUGUGGAAAGGCUAAGAAAUGAGCUUGAGGCCUACUUGAGAACCAAAAAAGGAGAAGAAAAUAGAGAAUUGUCUCCGAAUUUCGAGAGAAUCAAGGAUCUUGAAGCUUAUUUGAAGAAAAUCCAAUUUGGUUUAUGUGAAAAUACAGAGACAAAGGAGUAUGAAGGGGAAGUAGACAAUGGAGAUGAGCAUGAGGGAGAUGACUCAGCUGAUAGUGAUCUUCAUUCCAUUGAAUUAAACAUGGACAAUAGUAACCGGAGCUAUAACUGGAGUUAUGCUCAAGAUGAUAUGAAGAGAGUCUCAGUUGAUAAAGGAAUCAAAGGGAGGAAAUCUAUUGAGAAAAUUCAAUGGGGAAGCAUUUGCUUGGAAAGAGGAACUUCUAAUGGUAUGGAUUGGAACUACAAGGAACAUUCAGGUGAACUUGACAGGGAAAGAUUAGCAGAGAUUGUUUCGCAAACUCAAACACAAGAACUUGCAGACGAAAUCAAGAGAUACCGAUCAAUCAAAAGUCUUCGAGAUCAUAUUCUAUCUGGUUCCAAGAUGGCAUCUUUUCAAAGCUUUGCAAGUCCAACGCGCCAAUGGGGCCAAUCCUUGCCUCAGCAGGAUCCUGGAAGUGAAGGUCGGGAAAGUCAGGGCGAUGCCUUGAAUCACAAGCUAGUGGAACCAUCAACAAGUGAAUGCAGGAUUUCAACAAGUUGAAGACAAAAAUCUCCACUUUUGAUCCUUGUUUUAACUACUGUUUUGUUUGCAAAUUGCAAUUCCCUGGAGAAUAUUCCCAUUAACGAAUGUAUUUGUGUUAAUGAAUAUGUAAGCAAGAUGUAUAUAGAAUAUUAUGCAAGGCUGUAAGGUCUGGUAAAGCUACUGCAGAGCUUGUUCUGAGUCCUUUAAGUUUUGAAGUAUGUAUUCUUUUUCAAGGAAUUUCAUGAAAAGCAUAUCAUG